AUGGAGGACCCCAAAUGUGAUAUUUUGUAUGAGCAUAUGCAUUAUGAGAAGAAAACUAAGUUAAUAAGAAUAGCAAAAGAGAUAUAUGAGAACAUAAAUAAUAACAAAAUAAACUCAUGGCGAUGUGCAACAAUAGCCUUAAGGGAUAAAAUUAAAGAGAAUUUGGAUUUUAAUGAAAAAGGGUGGCAUAUUAUUAUCGGUCAAAAAUUUGGAUUUUUUUGUACUCAUGAAAUAUACAACGCAUUGCAUUUUAAGUUGGAUCAUAUUGAGUUUUUGAUUUUCAAGCAUGGAUAA